CGAGGCCGACCUCCCCAUUAAAAUCAACUUUCGCACAAGGUUCAGAAGUGUCUCAAGCCAGACUUAUUGCUGAACUGGGGUUGGAACACCAUUUUCCUGAAAAGCUGACAUAUGCCGAUGUGAUGUCUAUAAAUGAUCACGAAAAAGAAGAGGCAGAAACGUUAGCGGACAUCCCAAGGUUAAUUCUACGAAAAUUAAUCAUGCUUGAUUUUACUAGUAGGGAAAAUGAUUUAGAUAAAUGUUUAACCAAAUUGAACAAGCCAAACGAAAAAUCACUUUUAACAGAAGGUACGUCAACUUCAUCCAAUACAGAUUAUCAGUCGUUGUUUGAUUGUGACGAUGAUACAGAUAACGAACCUUCGUCAGUUAUAGAAAUGUAUAAUCCAUUAGAUAUAUUCCUUUCAAUCUUUGUUUGUUUAAAUCCUACAUUGAAACAGAAGGUUUGUUUAAAAAUGUUCGCAUGUCAUCUGGCGAUUCCUCUCAUUUUUCCGGUACCGCAAAACAAAGAUCAGGAAACAGUUUUAAUGUUUUCUAUGUGGCCUCUCCGGUCAACAACGGUUCAUGAUGGGAAAACAGAGACAUCCGUAGUUAACUGUAAACAAAAUGUUGUGUCGUUUAUAAGAUUAGGACGCCCACCGAUAUCAAAAUCAAAACUAGCAAAUGAAUUGUUGUACGAUACUGCUCAUCAUUCUUUUUUCAAUUACGAUUGUACAUUGGGUUCAAGUGAUAAACAAGCCAGUCUCGGUCUUGUUGAAGCCUCCUGGUUCCUACCUUCUCCAAAGCAACAGAGUACGUUCGAAUCAGUAACAAUGUUUCUUAAUCUGCGAGGAGAUGCGAUGUAUAAUUCAGAGCAGAGAGAAUAUUUGAAAAGAGUUUCCGGUGUGAUGGUAGUAGUCACUGACAUAGCCACAAUGAAAAAUUUAAAGGUUUUGGAUUUUCUCAAAUUCGCUAAUUUAAAUGUUUUGUUUCUGAUAACAGGAAAUUUUCCAAAUAAAAAUUUCAUAAAAAAAUAUAAGGAAUACUACAUGAAAUCAUGUCCCGAAUGUUUCAGCGCUGAGUUUAUUCAUAUCACUCAUAAAGGUAAAAACAUAAGUUUAUCGGAGAUUAAGAAAGCGGCUCUAAAUAAAAUCGGACCAAUGCUUAGUAAUAUGAGCACUCGUAAAACCCUGCACGACAUGUGCAAAUAUGCAAGAAGCAUGGGGUUAUUUGUAGAUGAAGACCUGCCCGUAAGCAGAAGAGGAAUAGAACUAGCAAAUACGAUUUUUGACAAAAUCAAGGACUAUAAACUUGCAGAUAUUAAAACAAAGUUUUCCCCAUUACAAAAGGAAUUUUGGAAAUUAUAUACAGACGCAAUGAAAGAAUUCUGUACGGCAAGCUAUGAUCUAAACGAAAAGGACAAGCUAAAGCAAAAAAUGGAAUCAUACAGAAAACAGCAGUGGCAUACUUACGUAACUGGAAAUCAAUUCAUGAAAGAUAUUAUUGAUAUUGUUUUUGAACUUGAUGGUGACGAGUUGGUUCACUUUUUAGACGCAUUGAAGUUUUUUCUCGAUGAAAAAUCAAGAACGGAAAUGCCGUUUUAUCGUGAGCGUUUUGGUGAAGCCUGGGAUAAACUGCAAACGGAUUCGGAUUCUGACAAAGAUCAGGCUCGAAAAAACUUCGACAAAGCUGAACAACACCUCAGCGAAGCCUCGUUUGGUAUCGAGCAUAUUUUUCGUGAAAUGGGUCAAAUUUACGUGGCUAGUCUGACUUCCAAUGAAAAAGAGUUUGGAUCCAAAUUAGCUAAAGCCGUAGCACGGUCCUUAUUGCUAGGGUAUCCGUUUGAGUUAAUGGAUGGCGAUGUAGCAAACGUUCCAUUGGAAUGGAUAGAUCGUGUUUUCAAAGAACUUAAACUUAUACUGAAAAACGACAGUGUACUCUCAUUGUCUAUUCUUGGACUACAAAGUUCAGGUAAAUCAACGUUACUAAACGCGAUGUUCGGCCUGACAUUUUCAGUAAGUGCGGGCCGCUGUACUCGUGGUAUUUAUUUGCAAUUGCUUCCUGUACAAAAGAAGGGCUUUACAUUUAGCUACGUACUUGUGGUCGACACAGAAGGAUUGCGAGCUCCCGAACUUGCAAAUGAGAAAUGUCAGCAUGACAACGAGCUGGCAACUAUAGUUUUAGGAAUGGCAGACAUCACGCUUAUUAAUAUAAAAGGUGAAAAUACCAGCGAAAUAAAAGAUAUUUUACAAAUUUGUGUACAUGCAUUCUUACGACUAAAAAUGGCAAACGAAAGUCUCAGAUUGAGACAAUCAUGCAUUUUCAUACACCAAAAUGUUUCCGAUGUGGGAGCCAAAGAUUCCAUGAUGCACGCAAGAAAAAAACUGGACGAAACCCUGGAUAGUAUUACAGUAGAGGCCGCAGAGGAGGAGAAUAUCAGUAACGUAAAAGCGUUUAAAGACGUGAUACAUUUUGAUAGUAAUGAACAUGUUUGGUACUUUUCGGAUCUAUGGAAAGGGGAUCCACCUAUGGCCCCUGCUAAUCCUGGCUACAGUAGAGAUGUCCAAGAAGUGAAGUUAUGCAUAUUUGAGACGUUGGCGAAACGAAAUAGUUCUUAUUUGACCAUUUCCGAUACAUUUGUACAUAUCAAAGACCUCUGGAAUGGGAUAUUAGCGAACGAUUUUGUCUUUAGUUUUAGGAACAGUUUAGAAAUAAAAGCAUACAAUGCCCUGGAAAGUUACUAUCAGGAACUAAUCUGGACACUUGAAAAGUUUACAAAAACACUUGAGAACCGUGCUCGAGACGAAAUGCUUGACAAUGCUGCAUCAUGUAAAACAGAUGAAGAUAAAGAACAUCGAAAUAUCCAAUUCUCUAAAAUACAGACUGAAUAUGAAAAAGAACUCGGUGAAAAUGCACAAGACCUGAAAGAAAAGUUAGAUAAACAUUUUAAUGAGAGUGGGAAGCGUGAUGAUAUUGCUAAAUGGAAACAUGUUAAAUUAUCCUCAUGGGACAAUUUCGCUAAAGAAUGUCUUGGUAAACUCAAAAGACAGUUAGUAGAUAUGCAGUCUCACUGUAUAGCUGAUUAUGAAAUGCAAACUUCUUUGGAAAAGUCAAAGAAGGAAAUUUAUGGUAAGGCAACAGUUCUAGCUGAAAAAAUGAAAGGAGAUAUGCCUUCGAAACGGGAUAUGGAGAAAAGCUUCGAUGUAAUGUGGAGGGAAUGGAUCUUAGGAAUUAACGUCCCAGAAGAACAACCAAUUGAUAUACCAUUGAUAUUAGAAUCAAUUAUAUAUGAGUUUUUCCACAAACAUAGAGACAUUGUCGAUACUGAAAUAAAAAGACACCCCCUUGACCUCUGCAAAUCUUUUAAAAGCUUGGAAAAUAGCCUGAACGAUAUUGAAUUUGACAAAAAUUGCAUCAGCACUAAAAUAUCCUGGAGAGGGCUGAAGGGUUUUGUCUUAUCUGAAAGUAAAAACAAAAUGGGUCGAUUUACCAAUAUCAUUCUGAGAGACAUCGAUACUAGAUUAGGCAAUAUAAGAAAUAAAGACUGGAAAUUCGACGUGACCGAAAUGAAAGAAUGUCUUAAGUGUAUUGUAGAACAUGUAGAUCAAUUCAACCAUGAUGUAGCUAAUGGUUUUACAGUUCUAGAGCCUUACAAAGUAAAAAUUGCAGUCCAUAUAUUUGGGCGAGCUCUUCCUUUACUUAAAAAUCUGGAUUCAGAAUACAAGUCUAAGCAUAGCAUGAAAACAAAAUUGAUCAAGCAUAAACAGAACGUUUGGCACCAUUUCCAAGAUAUCGUCGCCGAAAGGUCAGCAACCAUAAUAGCUAGUAACAGAUUUGGCGAAGUCAUUGACGUUCAUGUUGAGGAAAAGGUCAGAGCCGAAUUGCCUGAUUUAAUAUUUAAUGACAUAGUAGAAGAAUUUGUUAGAUCAAAACAUAAAUUAAUGUAUUCUGUAUUGGAAUACCUAGCAAAUAAACACGACUGGUUUGCCUUCGUUAGUUACAUCGAUGAUCCCCACACGUAUACAUUCAACUGGUUAAGGCAAUUUAUAGAUAAAUCAUGUGUGGAUAAAGAACUAUAUGCCAAUAACGCAUUUUCAAAACUGAAACAUAUAUUCGAAAUCAUCUUAAAAAGUGAAGAGAAUAAUUCUGCUUCGUCUUUGGACGAAUGGCUAGUUGAUUUUCAAGGAAAAAUAAAAGGAGUUGUUUUGAUUCCAAUGGAGUCAUUUUCCGUAAUUAAAGAUCAACAGAUAACAAACUUGAAUGAUUUUGUGAUAACAGUCAAAGACAGACUCGAACAAGUGCACGUCAAAUUAAAGAAAAAGUUCAAACAGGAAGGAUCGAAGACAAUCCACUGGGUCGGUGAUAAAACACCAUACGAAAUGAGUAUGAACAAACUUUGGGGUUGUCGAGCUAUGUGUCCAUUUUGCCAGGAACCCUGCCGGCAGAAUGCUAAUCAUAGCGGCUCAAACCAUGAGUGUAUCCAGCACAGAGCCAGCAGUGUUUCAGGAAGACGCUGGGUAGAUUCACAUAAACUUGUUUUAGAGAGUUGCGCUUUUAGUGUGAACUCUAAUCAUACAUUUCAAUGUUCCGGUAAACAAAUUAGGUGUGAUCAGAGUGGUGGGACCGAACAUUCCCAUCCUUACAGAGAGUACAGAAAGUAUGUCCCGGACUGGAAUAUAUUUCCCUGCAAUGAUAUCUCAUCUUCUAAGUAUUGGGCAUGGGUAUUAUGUACCUUUAACGAAAAAUUUGCUAAAUAUUAUGGUACGAAUCAGGCAGACAUUCCACCAUCGUGGAAAGAGAUUACAAAAUAUAAAGCAAUUGAGAGUCUUUGGGAACUUGAAAAAUGAAAUGAUCGCCCAGAUUGUGAUCAAUUACACGUUUUCAUCAUACGGAAACAUUCAUAUCUUUGUUUAUGGUAGCCUGAUUUAGGCAAGGGCCUAGUGGACGGACUUGUAAAAUUAUCUGAAAGUUGCAGAAGGUGUUCUGACUAGUAAUCAACCUCGGUGCCCCUUGGCAAGGGUUAGUGUUUACAUAACAAACAAUGACAUCAACCUACGUAUGAUGUUGAGUUUAACCACAUUUAUCUUGUUCUAUCACCGUGCACAUCAACUAUAGUUUAAAUAGAUAAUAAAUUGAAAUUCUGACAUCUUCUGCAGUAUUGGUAGGCCUUGUUUAAGUUAACUACCAGCAUUUUUUGGGAGAUAUAGAUUAAGAGCAGGACAUGUCGGUUUUUUUAAGGGAUGGGGAGGACAGGGAUUUCUCAUCAACAUGCUGUGACAAAAGGUAGACUUAUACUGCCCCUAAGGGUUUUCGUCUAUUUUUUUUAAUGUAGGCAUGAAUAUCGAAAAUCAUUGAAUAGGCCAAUAUGUUAGAGGUUUGUGUUUUAUUGAAAUAUAAUUGAAAUGUAUGUACUUUGCAUUGGUUACCCUUUUUAAAUACGAUAUUUCAUUUUCAAAUGAGAGGUUUCGUGCACAUAUUGCAAUGUCCGUUUGUUGUACACACAAUCAAACACAUUCCAACCUUAGGAACAUAUUACAUAGUGAUGGUUGGUAUACAUACGGAAGUGCUUUGAUACCUAGAACGUAAAUAUAUCUGUCUAUUAGUAUGAUAUGUGAAAACCGCCGGUAAUCUGCCAUGCUUAUUAGUUGAUUUCUUUUUCGUGUUCAUUUGUUUGUUUAUUCCCCACCUCUUAUCUCUGCAUAUCCGUUAUGUAUGAAAAUUAAGAUUAUAAGAAGAUGCAAUCAAGGAUUAUCGCAUCUAUCAUUGAAAAAUAUGAGAAUGCCUUUAAUUGUGGAUUAUGAUAAUUGAUAAAUAUUUUCUAAUAUAUUAGUAACUUUUUUGCCAGAAUACAUUAAUGCCAUUUUCAUUUUGUUUGAUAUUUAUGACGUAAUUAUACUUUGAAAUGUACUGACAUAUAUGAUGAUCAUCAGCAUUAUGCUUGAAAAUGUCCUGAAAUAAUUCAGUAUCAUCCAUUUUACCUGUGUAUACAUUAUUCUUUUCAAUGUUUUGCUAUAGCUUAAUUGUGGAAAUGAAAUACUACAAGCAGCUGAAAAAGACAUGAAUUAAUACCUAAUUGAAUAAUACUGAUAUACACAUUUCUCGAUUGUAUCUCUCAAUCGUCAUAACUUCUAGAUUUAUAGAUAUUUGGUGUUUUUUUAUAUACUAUGGUAUAUUAUUUUAAUCAAUAAAACAGCUGGAAACAUA